CCCCUCCCCCAAUCUGGAAGGCCAGUCACUAGAAAGUUAGCGUCAUUAGUAUAACGUAACAUGCCAAAUGCCACCACCUGUAUCAUCAGGUUUGAAGUGUUCCCUUCCAAACCAUAACACCUGUAACUCCAAAUUUUCGUCCUGUUUCUUCAAGCAUCAGCCAAUCCUCUGUUUAUGAACCAUAUAAACCGGAAAGCUAAUGGGAAGGUUUGAUCGGAAUAAUCUUCAAAAAUUUAAUCAUAGUAAUUUCAUCGUAGUUCUGGAGUAUUAAAUUCCUAAUAACGAGUUUGAUUCAGGAAAUUAAAAAGAUGAGUCAAGAACAGCCACAAGGGGACCAGAACAGGGGAAUUAUGUAUGGAGAUGUGUUCAACGUCUCAGGUGAAAUAGCCUCCAAGAAUAUUGCACCAAGAGAUGCAGCAGCGAUGCAAUCUGCCGAAAACAUAGUGCUGGGACAGACUCAAAAAGGAGGUCCCGCUUCGGUCAUGCAAUCCGCCGCCGAUUUCAACGAGAAUAUCGGCGUUGUCGGACACGAUGAAGCGACUGAUAUCACCAGAGAUCAGGGCAUCACCAUCGCCGAAAGGGUUGUCGGCGAUCGCCGUGUGAUCGCGGAAGCCGUCGGCGGCGAGGUCGUAGGUGGGUAUGCGACUACGAAGGGUGCUGGUGGAGGCGGCGGUCAAGUUGAAGGCCAGGGUAGAUCGGGUGGUGGUGAAAUCACCAUCGGAGAAGCACUUGAGGCUACGGCGGUUGCAGCCGGUAACAGACCGGUGGACGCUAGUGACGCGGCGGCUAUACAGGCGGCUGAAGUCAGAGCUACUGGAUUGGGUCAAAUAAUGCCUGGUGGAAUUGGAGCGGAAGCUCAAGCUGCUGCGAAUGCGAAUCCAUUGAUUGAAAGAUACCAAGACAAAACCAAGCUUGGAGACAUUUUGCGGGAUGCGACUCAUAGGCUUCCUGGUGAUAAGCCGGUGACAGGAGAGGAUGCCGAAAGAGUGGUGGAUGCCGAAACCGGGAAUGAUCCUCGCGGACGCGGCGCUACUCACCCUGGCGGCGUGGCUUCUGCUUUAUCUACUGCGGCGGCACUUAACGAGCAGCCUAACAGGCCAUGAAAAUUGAAAAUUCCGGGAGUGAUUUUCUUGCAGAAAUACUAGGGAAUAAGUAAAGUAAAAAUUGAGUGCGGUUUGUUUUACUUAGGUCAUGAAUCAUCCAUUUGUAAUAAAAUCGUGGAAUGUGGCAUGUUUGGGGUAAAGAAAUG